UAAUCCUAUGUAAGAAACUGAUGGAAUAUUUCGUUGUGGUAGUUGUUAAUGGCCUAUUUCUGAACUACGCAUAAAUAUCUUAGUGCAUUACAAGGAAUACUUGUAAGUGGCGCAGGAGGAGGGAGUUUACGAAUGGCAUAUGACCGCGUCUCCAACUUUGAAGGAGUGUAUAAAAGUCUUCACCUUCCAGCAGUCAUUAUCGGAGGAACUUUUGUGCUGAUUGCAUUAGCGCUGUCAACAAUACUCAUUCUGCAACACCUACGAGCAUACACUAAUCCUGCAGAACAGAAGUGGAUCAUUGGUGUCUUAUUCAUGGUUCCAGUAUAUGCCACUGAGUCUAUAAUAUCACUAUGGAACUCGAAAUUUUCUAUGGUUUGUGACAUCUUAAGGAAUUGCUAUGAAUCAUUUGCCUUGUAUUCUUUCUGGUGCUACUUGGUUGCCUGUCUUGGAGGUGAAGAUAGGGUUGUGGAACUACUUGAGAAUGCAGCUAGAGAAGAUAUCAGUGAGCAAUUGCUCAUGGAAGAAGAUGAUGAAGCUCAACAUCAGCAUUCACUAAAUGAUUUUGUAUUCCACCCAAAUGUGCUCGGCAAAGAUUUAUACACAAUUAUAAAAUUUGGUAUUGUACAAUAUAUGAUACUGAAAACAUUAUGUGCCUUCUUGGCAUUGUUACUGGAACUUUUUGGAGUUUAUCGAGAAGGGGAAUUCAAGUGGUACUAUGGGUACCCAUAUGUUACGAUCAUCAUAAAUUUCAGUCAAAUGUGGGCUUUGUAUUGCCUCGUGCAGUUCUACAAUGUCACUCAUAGCAGGUUACAAGCUAUCAAGCCAUUAUCAAAGUUCAUAAGCUUUAAAGCCAUUGUCUUUGCAACUUGGUGGCAGGGUGUUGGUAUUGCAUUAGUCUGUUAUGUUGGUAUUCUACCAAAAUGGGGGAAAAUUCAAAAUGGUAUUCAAGAUUUUAUUAUCUGCAUUGAAAUGGCUAUUGCAGCAAUUGCCCAUGUAUAUGUUUUCUCGGCAGAACAUUAUAAAUAUCUGCCAGUUUCUGGUUGUGGGAAAAUAACAUCUGUAGAAUCUAAAACCAAAUCUAAAUUAGUUGAAAAUGCCAAGAGCGGGCCAGCCACUGUGGAGCAGAAGGAAACACAUGUUGAAGCUCCUGGAACAAGAAUCACGGAGAGUGUUCAAGAUGUUGUUCUAGGAGGUGGCGAACAUGUGGUAAAGGAUGUGGCAUUAACCAUAUCUCAAGCAAUUGAACCCGUCGAGAAAAGUGUCACCAAGUUCCAGGACACCAUUCGUCACAUCUCUGUUGGCUCUGAUAAAGGAAAAAAACCUGAAGUUGAAGUAGACGAAUGUGUUACAGAGAACUUUGUGGAUCUGAAAUUGGAAUUCAGCUCCGAAAUGAAAGUUGAGUCUGAAAAUACAGAGAAUCUUGGUCACCACAAAUCUGUAGUCAAUUCUGAAGUGAAGUAUGAAGCUGAAAGUUGCCCAAGAUGA